AUGAACGAAAUUCAAUUGCGGGAGUAUUUAAAUGGUUUUGAGUCAUUGGGUUUUCCUCAAGUGUUAGGAGCUAUCGAUGGAUGUCACAUAGAAGUUCAUCCAACAGCAGAAGAUGCUAUGGAUUACUAUAAUGAUAAGGGCUGGUAUUCCACAGUUCUUCUGGCUUUAGUUGAUGCAAGAUGUCGCUUUAUAUACAUUAACGUCGGUAGUCCAGGCAGUUGUAAUGACUCUUCAAUAUUUGAGAGUUCAUCUUUAAAAUGCCAGUUAGUACAAUCUAGCUUAUUUAAUGACAUGAGUAGGCAAAUAUCGUCGGUUAAUGUUCCAGUCGUUCUGUUGGGUGACUCUGCGUUCAAACUUGAUGAACAUUUGCUGAAGCCAUAUCCAUUUCGCAAAAACCAACCUUUGAAUGAGAAAAAAUAUAACAAUGCACUCUCGAAAUGCCAUAGAGUCGUCGAGACAGCUUUCGAUCAUUUAAAGGCAAGGUUUAGGCGAGUUGGCAAAGGCUUUGAAAACCACAUGGCCAACACAAAAGCUGUCAUUAAAGCGUGCUGUGUAUUGCACAACUUUUUGAAUGAAGAGAAAGAUGAAAUUACUGAAAGGUGGAUUGCAACACAACAAAUCGAAAACCAAAGUCGGCAGUUGCCAGAAAACGAACCUAACAUUCCUGGAAAUGUUAGCCCAAGGGCAGAGGAAAUAAGACAAGCGUUCGUUUCAUAUUUCGUUUUAUAA